GCCGGCAGGAGCGCAGACAUAUGAGGAGUCCGAUCAAGAAGAGCAAAUAUAUUGUUAUACCCACAGCCAAUCUCUCCGCAGUUUGAGACCCACAGACGGAUUAUUUAAAGUGCGUGUACCGGCUGCUAAAGAUUCAGGUGCAACUUUGCAGCUGUUUCUGUUUUGUUCAUUUCUUCUUGGUGCAAAUCUUCAGCCAGCACCUGGCAUGCGAGAGGAUCCGCACAUUAUCCACAAUAUCUGAGAUAUGGAUGACUUUUCUCUGAGGAUCUGAUAGCAUCCCCGUGAUGGACUGAAGGUGUUAGGAGAAGGAAGAAGAAGAGAGAGAGGGAGUGAGGAGGGAGAGGAGGGAGAGGUCAUGAUGUUUGCCUUCCUUGAAGGUGAGGAAGACUAGUCUAUUAACAGCCUGUGGGGAUAAUCGGGUUCACUUCCUGGAGGAAUUAUUGGGGACCGGUGCAGAACAGCACCAUGACACCAGCCGACUCAUAGAAUGUAUGAUUUACAAAGAUGUUGGACCUGCAGACCACAUGACUGAAACCUGAAAUGAUGAUAUCAGUAAGGAUUCUGGAUCCUGAUUUUGCUGUUUUGCUGUUUCCCUCUGCCGUGUCUGUGAAUGGGUUUUAAUGAGGACCGAGGGAAACCUGUACAGUGACCCCCACAGUCGACAGAUUCUCAUAUACCUCUGCAGCCUCCCCUGCUGUGGUUUCGUUCCCGCUGGCGGAGCAGCAUGGAUCCGGACCGGCCAUCGGACUGGAGCUCAGUCCAGCCCAGCUUCUCUCCGCUGCCGCAGCACGACGGCUCUCAGGAAAGACUCAACCACACCUACAGCUUCCACAGCUCCAUGAUGCUGCCCUCCACCUUCAGUUCCCCCACUGCCUCCCUCCGUCAACCCUUACCCUCUCUGCUGCCCUCCUCCCUCAUCUCCUCUCCUUUAUUCCCCACCACCUCGGCCACCCGACAGACGUUCACUCUCGUCCACCAGCCCUCCUCCUCCCUCCCUAUGUCCCUGUCCACCUUUUCUGCCAACGACCUGGCCGACCUGGAGAGCAUGCUGCUCUGGACUCUCCACGAGCCCAGCACGAUCGCUCUGACCAUCAUGUACUGUCUGUCGUUCAUUUUGGGAUUCGCAGGGAAUUUGAUGUCCCUGCGCGUCCUCACCAACAGGCGGAGCCGGCGGCUGGCCGGUGUGAGCGCCACGCGCAGUCUCCUGGUGAACCUGGCGGUGUGUGACCUGGCGGUGGUGUGCGUGUGCAUGCCCAUCACCCUGGGCAGCCAGAUCUACACCGCCUGGGUCUACGGUGACCUCCUUUGUCGAGCGGUGCCCUUCACGCAGGCCGUCUCGGUCUCGGCCAGCGUGUUAACGCUGACCGUGAUCAGUGUGAACCGCUACUACAGUGUUCGAUCCCCGCUGCGAGCUCGCUCCAUGUUCACCCACCGUCGGAUCUUGGCGACCGUCGCCGUGGUGUGGACAGUGUCUUCGAUCAUGUGCGCUCCUAUCGCAGUGAUGAACCGGCGACGCAGGAUCAGCUUUGGGACUUUUGCCGUCCUGGUCUGCGAGGAGAAGUGGCCUCAGCAUCGCCUUAAACAGGGAUACAAUGUGCUGCUGUUCGUGAUGCUCUACUGCCUGCCGGUGACCUUUAACCUCACCAUAGGCUUCUUAACUGGCAGGCGGCUUUGGAGAGGGAAGAAAUCCACUUUCGCGGACCUCGAUCCCCGCAGCGAAGCUCUGCACGCCUCGCGCCUGAAGACGCGCCAGAAGAUCGCCAAGAUGGUGGUGUGCCUGGUGCUGCUGUUCGCGGUGUCCUGGCUGCCGCUCUACUUGGUCGACCUUUGGAUCGACUGCGAGCAAAGGCCACCGUCUUGGCUCCUGCAGACGCGGCCGUUCGCCCAGUGGCUGGGCCUGACAAACUCCAGCCUCAACCCCAUCUGUUACUGUUUCAUAGGGGAUCUGUACCGCUCAGCAAAAGUGAUACGGACCCGCUACUACCAGAAAGUCGCCGCUCUGUUUGGCUCCUCCUCGUUCUCCAGCUCAGCCGGCGUGGCUUCCCCCGCCUCGGUGAUUACAGACACCAAAGGGACAGCCACCGAGCGCCGCCAUAUUGCCGCCGCUGCUGCUGCUGCGGUGGCGUCGGCAUCCAUCGCUACAAUCCCCAGGCUGUUGAGCUUGGCUCGAGGCCAGGGGCUGAAGGUCGUAGACAGCCGAGCAGGGUCCCACCACAGCAUCUCAGACUGGUGUCGCUCCAGUCCCAGUGUGUGUGACAGCUCCUUGUUUCCCUGCCAGCUCCACACACUCCAGCACUCCAUACAAAGCGCAGACCUCCUGCCCGCAAGGAGACACUCAGUAAAUGAGAGCGCGGGAUCAUUACCUUUAAGAAUCGAGUCGGUGGAAAUAGACGUGCUGCCUUUGAGGAGGCAUUCGGGGGGCAGAAUAUAUAGUAUGUCAGCUGAUAAGAGAGACAUCAUUACCAUGGGCAGGGAUGCUCUUUGUUACACCAGGCAGCACAGAGGCAAAACAUCACAAACCUACUUUCUGGUAGGAGACAGGGAGGAUGACACAACCGAGAUGACCAGCCUGUGAAAGCUGCAGCUAAGUGCCAGCAGGGAGGUUGUUUUUUCAUCUUGUCUGUCCUGCAGGCAGAAAAAACACACACAGCUCCUGAUUCAGUUUGCAGCGGACAGUGCGGGUUAAUCCCUUGCAAAGGCAAUUGUUUGUCUUGAGGAUGAACUGACCUGGCCUACACACUCCAUCUGUCUCUGUGAAGUAUUCUCUCACUAUCAUCACAAUCACCGGGGAUCUGGGAUCGACGUUUGCACAGAUGAGUUCAGGUUUUUGAAGACAAGUGGAGGGAGCAGUGAUGGAGUGAAACCUACAGGGGAAGAGUUGGGGGGGGGGGGAACUUAGUCAUAUCCUAAGUAACUGAGCUGCUUGUCACAGUCGUGCUUAAGACAAUGACCCAGCAGGACGUAUCCGUGUUCUUUCUUAUUGCUUUGCUAAUGUAGAGACAUACUGUAUCAGGUCUCUACAGGAUAAUGUCACCAUCAAUGUCUGCAAUCUGUGAAAGAUAUGUACCCCAGCUUGUUCAUGUGGGGAGUCACACGGGUGAUUUGCAGGGAAUGUGAGAUAAACUGAAGCAGAGAAUCUAAAACCCACACACACAAUGAAUGGUUUUGUUUUGCAUAUAAUAACAAUAAUAACAAUAAUGACAUUGCUAUUUUGGUAUGAAAUGACUUUCCAGGUCCAUCAGAUUUUUCGAAAGCUAGACCUUGUCAGCCAAAACAAGCCGUUUUUCUUCAUUCAGAGGGAAUCUUAAGGGUCGGCUCACCUAAAAAACGACCAAAAAAAUGUUUUUUUUUCAUGACUUUGUGACUGAAGUGGUUUGUAAUCACGGAGAUAGUUUUGGUUUUAUUGGCCUGGUGGUGACUUUUCUGAUGCCACCUCAAUAUGUCAUUUUGGUAAUUACAAUUGUGUUUAGAGUCUCAGGUCACAGAAUUUAAUAAUUGCUUUCAAAAAAAAAAUUGUAAUCAACUUCAAAGUGCUUUUCCAGAAUCGGUGUCCUAGCCUGAUAAUGAAUUCCCAAUUUACUUUCACUUCAUCAUUCACUGCAAUUUCGCCUGGCGAGGAGCAGUUAACAUUUUUAUGUCUCUAUAGAAUAAAUAUGCCACUCAAGGGGGCCCAGUGAAUUUUUCUUUCAAAGGAACAGUGUGUAGCAUUCAGGAGAUCUAUUGGUAGGAAAUUAAUGUAAUAUUGUUUUUUUAUAUUCACCUGAAAAUAAGAAUCGUUUAUAUCAACAAACGGAGCGUUUGCUCUUCACUGAGCCGGCUGCCAUGUUUCUUCAGUAGCCCAGGUCCAUGGAUGUAUGAAGAGAACUGGAUACAGCGUCCCCGUUCAUUCCUGUGAAAGGUGCAUGAAGCAAAGAAAGUCAGUAUAAAAUAACCGGAUCUUUUGGCGAUCUUCCGCAUUCGACCUAUAGAGCAAUCGCACUAGCGUUUUCUUUAACACCGCCUCCCAUCCCUUGGUCCAGCCUCGUUAUCGGGCUCAUUCACAUAAAGGGAAAAUAUCUCUGGAUUUGACUAUUUGUGCAUCUUACAACUUUUAGGACAUAAUGAUUUAAAUAAGGACUAUUCUUGUGUUGGUUCUGGGAAUUUAAUUUAAAUUACAGACGUCUCUUUCCCAAUGUAAGUCUGUGGGAAGGGUUAGGGUUAGGCAUCAUGUGACGGACCAGGAAAAUGUAAUACCAGUGGCAGGCCGUGCAUUUCAUACCUGGGCCUUCACUGCUGUCCUGCAGCUGAAACACAGCUAUG